UUUUCACUGAAAGGACGAACAGCUCUGGUGACGGGAGGGGCCCGGGGUUGCGGGUUGGCAUUUGCGCGAGGACUGGCUGAGGCCGGUGCAGAUGUAGCUGUGUUCGAUGUUGUUUCACCAGAGGAAGGCUUCCAUGCAAUUGAAAAGGACUGUGGUGUUCGAACAGCGUAUUACAAAGUGGAUGUGUCUUCACAGGAAUCUUUGCAAGAUGGUUUUGCCAGCUUCCAGAAGGACUUUGACAAUGCUCUUGAUAUUUGCGUGACAUGUGCUGGUAUCAACCGCCAUAUGCCCUUCCUUGAAUUCACAUACAAGGAGCACCAUGAUCUGCUUUCCAUCAAUGUCCUCGGAGUGUAUUUCACUGCGCAACUCGCUGCAAAGCAGAUGAUUGCGAAUAAAACGCAGCACGGGAGUAUUGUUCUAGUCGCGAGUAUGGCAAGUCACAUUGCCGUACGCAGCCAGUUGUGUUCAGCUUAUUGUGGCACAAAGGGCGCGGUCAGAUCUAUGUGUCCAGCGAUCGCCAAAGAGAUGGCAGACUAUGGUAUCCGAGUCAAUUCCAUCUCUCCAGGAUACGUGCGAACGGAAAUGACGGCAUCGUUCCCUCAUCUCCUGGACGGCUGGAAGUCCGAAGCCAUGAACGGCCGCAUCGCCGAACCCGAAGAUAUCAUGGGUGCAUGUGUGUUCCUUGCGAGUGACGCGAGUGAAGAGUGGGGGUUGCCCCCGCAUAACAGAGGUGCUGAGGAUAGGAGUGUACUCCAAUUUAAUAAGUACAAGAUAGAGAAUCAAUGCUUCUAUGUUGCCCAGCAAUCCAAUUUCAAAAUGUCACCAAGUGCAGAACACGAAUACCGGGUUCCCCACGUUCAUCAUACCAGCGUGGUGGUGGUGGGUGCAGGACCAUCAGGGCUGAUGCUAGCAUGUAAUCUUGUUCGCUUCGGAAUUGAUGUGAUGAUCCUCGAUGAUCGGCCCGACAAGACAUCCACAGGCAAGGCCGAUGGCAUGCAGCCCAAGACCAUCGAGACAUUCAAACAGCUGGGCCUAGCUGAGCCAUUGCUUAACAAUGGAGCACGGGUUUAUGACAUCGCCUUCUGGGAGUCAACAGCCACCGAGGCACUCAGACGGACAGGCCGCAAAACCCACUACCCGAAGCACGUCGGUGCAACCGAUCCAUAUAUCUUGCUGGCCCAUCAGGGAAUGGUGGAGCAGGUCAUGAUCGACGAUUUGGAGGCGAGGGGUGUGUUUGUCAUGCGCAACAGCCGGUUUGUGUCAGCUGGCCGCGGUACGGAUGGAUCAACAAAACUGGAUGUUGUCUAUGUGGAUAAUGCCACUAAUGGAUUUCGCAACAUCCGCGCGGACUAUGUUGUGGGGUGCGACGGAGCUCGAUCAAAGGUCAGACGGUUUAUUCCGGAUGCUGACCUAGAGGGCGAAAUCACCAAUGCGGCGUGGGGGGUACUAGAUGGUGUCAUUGAUACCGACUUCCCUGAUCUUUGGAGCAAGGUCGCUCUGCGGACCCAUUCGGCGGGAUCCAUUUUGUGGAUUCCGCGCGAGAGAGGCAUGACUCGAUUAUAUGUCGAGUUGAGUUCAACUGACGGAGAAAGAGUGGAAAAAUCCAAGGCCACAACAGAGUAUGUGAUGGCACGUGCUAGGGCUGCAAUGCAUCCAUUCAAACUGGAGUGGAAGACUGUCGAAUGGUUCGGAACAUACGUUGUGGGCCAGCGGGUUGCGAAACGCUUCAUGAAUUCAGAGGCGCAGAUUUUCAUUGCAGGUGAUGCUGGCCACUGCCACUCAGCCUUGGCUGCUCAAGGCGCCAACACAAGUAUGCACGACAGCUUUAACCUGGCGUGGAAACUAAAUCUUUUUGCAAGAGGACUGGCCAAGCCCUCUCUCCUGCAGACCUAUGAAGAGGAACGACAAAAGAUUGCAUACGAUCUCAUCAACUUCGAUGCCGAGCAUUGCAAAGCAUUUGCGGCAGGCGAUGAGGAGCUAGUCAAGAACUUUGACGAUAACAUCCGGUUUAUCUCCGGUAUUGGCGCUGAGUAUUCUCCAGGGAUGCUCACACGCACGACAUCCAACAAAUCACAUCUUCGCCCUGGAAUGCUUCAACUGCCCGCCCAAUUGACUCGAUAUAUUGAUGCUAAUCCAGUCGAUUUUCAGCUUGACAUCCCUCUACUCGGUCAGUUCAAGAUCUAUAUUUUUGUGCCAGAUGUUUGCCAGUCACAAUCAUCGCUGCAAUACAUCUGCGGACAGCUGGAUGCUGUGCUCGCUAGCAUCAACACGCGCGCGAAUCAGUCAUAUGGGAAACAACCGCGGAGGCAAUCUCCUUCGGACCAAUUCGUCCAAUCUCACCGGUACACCACUGUAUCCAAUGCUUUCACCUUUGCCAUGGUCACACAGUCCACUCAGCGCCAGUUUGAGAUCGCCGAUUUACCAGAGCUACUCCAACAGAGUCGGUGGACUUUGUAUGUAGACAAUGUUAACAGCCCUGGCUGUACAGAGAUAUGGUUCGGGGAACUUGAACAGCAGACUAUAGGCAUCACCGUUGUGAGGCCCGAUGGAUAUGUUGGCGCAAUUGAUUGCUGGGAUACCAAAGAUGUGGGUGAGGUAGGGGGCUGGUUGCAGGAUUAUUUCUCGUUCAUGAUGUAA